AUCGAUAAUAAGUGACUUAUACCGCAGCACUCAAUCGACUGCUGCCUGCAACUAAAGCGGCAUGGACAACAAGACUCGUGUGUUUAAACGCAAGAAGAAGUCGUUUUUAAAAAAUGCAAGGAAGUAUGGCAAGAAAGGAAAAUUUGGUAGAGGAAGUCACAUAAAUGAAGAAACGUACCAAUAUUUUCUUAGGGUUUUGGAGCUUGACAAAAGUGGUUUCGACAACGCGGAAGAAAAAAAAAUAUUUGUGGAAAACGUGUUUCAACAGACUGUAGGAGAAGAACUGAAUUAUUCAUACAAUCAGGUUGCUUCCAGAGCUCUUGAAAACAUUUUGCCUUUUUCAAGUGAUGACGUGAUUAACAGAUUUAUUAAGGAAUUUGAUAAAGAAAUAAGAGUCGUUUGUGUUGACCAGUUUGCAAGUCACGUCUUGCAGAAGUUAAUUAUUGUUGCUGCCGACAGGAAUCUGCGUGAACCUGGAGGUGAGCGGCUGUGGCUGACAAAAGUUGCGCUAUUUGUAUUGAACAACAUAGAAGAGUUUGUGUGGGACCAGUACGCCAACCACAUAGUACGAACUGUGAUACAACAGUUAGGAACUCACGCUAAUAAUCAUGAGGAGUUAAAAAAAGUGUUGGUGAGGUAUUCUCGUGUGUUGGCUGGUUUGCCUCAACUUAGGGAUUUUGCAGGAUCAACACUGCCUUCAGGGUUGUUGCAGGUGUCGUUACAAGCAUUGGGCGAACACAGCAAACCUCUCAUUGAGCGUCUUUUAGCUGACGUAUUUAGAGAUGAACGUGCAGAAGACAGUGAAAGCGAAGUUCCCACAGAAUUGUCAUGCGAGGCAAGUUGUCGACUUGCUGAAGCAAUUGUCGCAACUGUUGCUGCACACCAUCCGUCCCUGCUGACAACUGUUCAUAAUCAGCUGUCACAAGGACGUGUUGCACUACUUUCUCUUCACCCAACUGCGAACUUCUUUGUCCAGAGGCUGCUGCAAAACUGCUGUGUGCCGUCUGAGCUGGAGAAGAUAUUUGACGAAUUGUCAGGCAGGCUUAGUGAAGUGCUGUCUGCACGUCAUUCUGGUGUUCUCUUAAGCCUUGGCCAAGCUUGCCAGCGUCUCGGGAUACAGCAGCAUCGUUUUAUGAAGGAACUGUUCCAAUGUUUUGAGUGUUGGGAACCUGAUGACCGACAGAUAAAAUCUGCGUGGCAAAUUGCCACGUUAAAAAAUUUUUCUGAAAAUGACUCGGAACAGAAGGUGAAAGUUCAACUUCAUGGGUCGCUGCUUCUUCAGGCACUGCUAUCUUUCAAGAAGCCUAUCAAGAUUGUGCAAAGUCUCUUACAAAUGCCUGUAUCUAAUUUGACUUAUCUCAUCUGUGAUCCCUGUGGAAGUCAUAUAAUGGAUGCUUUUGUUAACAGUCCUACUGUGGGAGAGAAAAGCCGGGAAAAGAUGGCACAUAGGUUAAAGGGUAAUUUUGUGACCCUGUCAUGUUCAAAGCAUGGCUCUCGCGCACUUGAUGCAUUGUGGGCAGUACUGCCCUGUAAGCUUCGGGAGAUGAUUGCAACAGAAUUGAGCAACUCCCGAAGUAAAGUUAUUGCAGACAAUUUUGGAUUUGGUGUGUGGUCACGUUAUGCCCUUGAUACAUUUUGCCACCGUCGGGCAGAUUGGGUAGCUGCUCAAGAGGGGAAAAGAAGAGUUCAGAAGUUGUUUGCUGACAUCUUGCCAGCAAAUUCAAAGUCUGUACAGUGAGGCAUUAGAGUUUAUAUGCAUUGCCUUAAUAACUGUGAAUAUUACUGUUAUUAAAGACUGUAUUUAAAUAAAUUUUAUAAUAUGAUUGAGAUAA